AGGAUAUCAGAUAAUUAAGGUUUAAGUUAUGUGUGAGCUGCCAUUAUAAAAAAUUGUAAAAAAGUAUAGCUGGUUGCUACUUGUGUCAACUCCAUAUUUGAUAUAAGAAAAAGAAUUUUUUUAGAGAGAAAAAUUAGACGGCUAAAAUGGCUACAGCUUCUUCUGUUUCUUCUUCUUCUUCAAUGGAACGGAUCAUGUCACUUCCACAUUCCUCCAUGACCAUGAGGUUACGCCAUUCCAAUGUCCCUUCUUUGCUUCGUCUUUCUCCUCAAGCUGCUCGUUCAUCGUUUUCAUCCUCUUUUAGGUCACCCACAGGCUUUCGACGUUGCAUAGGUUCCAAGAGAUCUCCUAUCUUCAAGAUCAGGGCUUCCUUUUCUGAUGAGGAAACGUCUGAAUCUGAUACUCGCAUCAGAAAGGUAUUUUCCAAUGUAAAAGACACGUGGGACAGACUCGAAAAGAAACCCACAGUCUUUAUUUAUGGAGGUUCUGCAAUCCUUGGUCUUUGGUUGUCUUCAAUCAUUGCUGAUACAUUAGACUCCAUACCCCUGUUACCCAAGUUUUUGGAGUUGGUUGGGCUUGGAUAUUUUGGAUGGUUCGUCUACAGAUAUCUUCUCUUUAAGAGUGGACGGGAUGAACUGGGAAGAGAUGUUCAAGCUCUUAAGAAAAAGAUUACUGGAGAUGAAGAGGAAUAGCAGAAACCAGUUUCUGCAUUGCUGUUUUCUUACAAUCCAGAGUAGCUGAAAGAACAUCUGAACAAAUAAAGCUGAAGCUGGAAGCUUUUUUUUUCUAUUGUUCAAUUUAUAUUGUACACUCUUUUAUAUGAAGACAUUGUACAUUACAAACUAGUCAAUUUCUAAACCCCCUCCAACAAAAUUAAAAACAAGGACUCUGCAAAUGUUGAAAGACCCCACUUGGUUUUACAAGAGAUCAGCUUACUCGAAUGCAGAAUCGUGCACUCGCA